CGCUGAUUUCCGAAUUUUUACUAUAUCUAUCUUUUUUUUUACUAUUUACUUUCUUUGUUACUAAUGUAAUAACUUUUUAUGCAUUAUUACUUUGUCAUAGAAACAUGUUAAAAAUUAAAUAACAACAGUGUCCGUAGUAACGAUAUAUAUCUAUGAAUGUAUUACAGAUACAGUAUAUAAUUUUUAUGUAAUAUUGAUGAUCUAUUUAAAGCAUAACCUUGUAUAAUUAUAAAGUUUAAUUUAUAAGUGUGAUUUUAUUACUAGUGUAAAUAAAUUUAUUUGAGAAAUAAUGACAGAUAUGAAUGAAAAAUAUACAUUUGAAGCUGAAUGGUAUGACAAAGUAGCUAGUGUUCUGAAAAAGUUUUAUCUCUACUAUUAUCCAUUCGAUAAUACAGUUGAAUUGUUUGAUUUAAAAACUAAAAAAACAUUUCUAAAAAGAUCAAAAUGCGAAGGUAUUCAAGCAAGAGAUUUUUAUAUAGGUGGUAUUGUAACAAUAUUUUCACGAAAUAUAAAGAUAACAAAUUACGCAGAUUGUGCUACACAAACAAAAUUACAAAAAAAAAUGCAAAAAACAUUUGCAAUAGUGAAGCCUUGUGUUGUUGAUAAAUUAGGAGAAAUAUUAAAAAUAAUUAUUUCUUCUCAGUUACAUAUUGUAAAUAUUAAAAUGAUUAAAUUAUCAUAUGAACAAGCAAUGGAACUCUAUCACGAUAAAAAAGAAGAAACCAAUAUAGCAUAUAUGGUAAAUUAUAUCGCUUCUGGUCCUAUUGUAACUUUAGAGUUGAUAGGUGAUAGUGCAAUUACACGAUGGCAAGAAGUGAUGGGACCAGAAGAUAGCAAGGAAGUUAUUGCAAAAGCCCCAUCUUCCAUUAGGGCACUAUAUGGUAAAGAUGAUAUUCAUAAUGCAGUACAUGGUUCAGAAAAUGAAAAAGCGGCAGAAAAAGAAUUAGAAUACUUUUUUCCUAGUCCAAAAAGUGGAAAAAAGGGACCAACAAAUACAGCAACAUUAGAAAAUUGUAUUUGCUGUAUUAUUAAACCACAUGCUAUUCAAGCAAAAUUAAUUGGAAAUAUUGUGGAUGAUAUACAAAAAGCUGGAUAUACUAUUUCUGCAAUACAACAAUUUUUUGUUAAUCCAUUUGAUGCAGAAGAAUUUUUAGAAGUUUAUAAAGGAGUUCUUCCUGAUUAUGCUGCUAUGGUGGAGGAAUUACAAUCAGGACCAUGUAUUGUUAUGGAAAUAAAGCAUAAAGAUGAAAAAUUUGAUGUUCAAGCAGAAUUUAGAAAAUUGUGUGGACCUAUGGAUCCAGAUAUUGCACGACAAGUGAGGCCGGAUACUCUUCGAGCAAAAUAUGGCAAAACUAAAGUACAAAAUGCUGUACAUUGUUCUGAUUUACCAGAGGAUGGAAUCUUAGAGGUGGAGUACUUUUUUAAAAUUCUUGAGAACAGCUAAAUAUAUUGAAAAUAACUGUUAUUUAAUAUCUAAAUUAACUUAU